AUGCAUAUUGCAGUUCAUCAUAAAGCUUAUACAUACAUGGAUGGUCAGAAGGAAUUUGUGCAGAUUGAUCACAAUGAUCUCUACCCCUAUCUGCUUGUGAAUAUAGGAUCUGGUGUUAGCAUGAUCAAGCUAGAGGGAGAUGACAAAUUUGAACGAGUUAGUGGAACAAGUGUAGGAGGUGGUACUUUUUGGGGUUUGGGACAGUUAUUAACAAAAUGCAAGAGUUUUGACGAAUUGCUGGAGUUAAGUCACCGUGGAAAUAAUAGAAUGAUAGACAUGCUUGUAGGGGACAUCUAUGGGGGAACAGAUUAUUCAAAGUUUGGUCUUUCAUCGACAACUAUAGCUUCUAGCUUUGGGAAGGUUAUUUCUGGCAAUAAAGAGCUUGAAGAUUAUAAACCCGAAGAUGUUGCCAGGUCUCUUCUCAGAAUGAUUUCCAAUAACAUUGGGCAUGUAACUUUUUUCCCCAAUUACUUCCAAAUAUCUUAUUUGAAUGCACUUCGCUUUGGGCUCAAGCGGAUAUUUUUUGGAGGAUUCUUCAUACGUGGUCAUUCUUAUACCAUGGACACAAUUUCAGUUGCAGUUCAUUUCUGGUAAUCAUAUGGGCAUGUUUAUUGUAUUCACAUCUUAAUUAUAAUAAUAUCGUUCUCUUUUAUAAGGAUAAGCUUUCAAUGUUUUUGUGGAGACUGUAAGACUUCAGAGAGAAUUUGUGUCCAUGGUAUAAGAGAAGGAAGGGCGGUCAAUAUCCACAUGUUUUGUGCUCGUAGAUCGGGCUUACUUCUCUGCACUGUGAGGGCCUUGGACAACCUUGAUUCAGUUGGUUACCAUGGAAUGAUGCGAUUUACAGUUCGUAUGUAAAAUCAUAUAAUAAACUGA